CAUAAACAUUUUUCGUCUGGUAACACCCAUCCAUUCAUACAGAACUAAAGUGAACAAAAUGGCUUCCAAAAUUUGUGUUGUCUUGUGCUUUGCUUAUUUCUGUGCCAGCUUUGCACAGGCUGGGGCGUAUAACUGCCCAAAUGUGUACGACGACAAUGGUUCCCUGCGUCAGGGUGGUUUCGAUUGUCCACAGUACAGCUUGAGUGAUUCUAGUGGCAUUUACUGCUGUGACUCUGGAAAGACGAAUCAGAAAUGUUGCGAUUACAGUGCGUACUCUGGGUAUGACUAUUAUUAUCAACUGAGCGUUGGGGCUAUCGUUGGUAUAGCUAUCGGUUCCUUGGUGUUCAUUGCUGUAGUCAUCGCUAGCAUUGUUGCCUGCUGCGUUUGCUGUGUCAAAGCGGCUGCUAGUCCUACCCCUCAGCCAGUCACUAUGCACACUGUCGCCGUACCUCAGCAACCUGCUGGGGUAAGCAUCCAACAACAAGCUCCACCUGCUUACUACUCUCCAUCCGCUCAGUCCGUGCCGCAGUCUUAUCCCGCCCAACAAUUCCAACCAGCCCAACAAUUCCAACCAGCCCAGCCACCGCCCAUACCUGGGCAGAACCCAGCAUUUGGAAAGGAUUCGUAUCCGUACAGUCAGUGAAAUAUGCAAGAAGUGUAUCAAGACUUUGGAACAGAGCGGAGGUUCUGCCUGGAAAUAAAAUAGCACUCAUCAACAAAGAGAGGCUAGUGUGUAAAUUACAUUCUCGAGCGUAAUUCUUUGGGGAAUCCAGUCUGGAUAAAUUAAUGCUUAUGAAAAUAGAGGUUUGCAAUCAAGCAUGGAACAUUUCAUAUGUAGUACUCACAAAAUUCCCCUAAGUAUUGCUUUGGUUUCACCUUGUAUCUUUGGGCUAAUAUUUACAUCAGCUUGGCUGCUUUUUAGUCCUGUGUGGAAAUAAAUAUUAGUUGCAAUGCUAUCAUUAUAUCGGUUAUAAUUUACAGCAAAGCUUGUCCGAAUGAGAAAUUCGUGUAUUGUUAUUUUUGUGUACAGUUGAGUAUGGUCGUGAAUUUUUAACUAAAACAGCACAGCACUAUUUGAAGUUGGAUUAAUUAUGAAAUAACUAAUAACGCAUUUGCGAAUUAAAAGCUCCUGAAAAAUGCUUAAUAUUCAUCUGAUUUUAGUAGUAUGAAUAUAGAAUUUCGUAGCUUUUGAAGUGCAAAUGAUUGUUUCAGAAAUAGUGAUGUAUAAAAACGUGAUAAUGAAAUAUUUAAACAUUGUUACAAACACAAAAAAGAUUAGGAAAACAUCGUUCUCAUUGGUUUUUUUUCUGUCAGGUAUGUCAGUUACAUGAAACUACACUGAAACUUUUCUUUCUGAAAUAAGAAAUUUUUUUACAGCUUUUGAUUGGCGAAAAUCGUAAAUAAGGUGAAACUUAUUAAAGACUCUUUUUUUGAAGGAAAAAGGUGUAUUAUGUUAACUUGUUGUUUUUAGUUACCGUGCAAAUAUAUUUUAAAACAGCGAGAUAUGCCUUACUUUGUACUUUGGUUUUCUCAACUCAGAGGGAGUUAUUAUAUUAAAGACAGGGCGGGUGCUGAGGGCGGAAAAUACGCUCAAACAAGGAAAAGAUGACUAAUAUGGGGAAAAAGUAUUUAAAAGUUUCAAGUGAGUGCAUAUACCCACUCACAGUUUAGAGUGACAACGCCGCCAACGUCCCGAAGCAAUCUCACCACUUGGUGGCGCCAUUGCAUUCCUGAAAAUCUGACGGCGCCGGCGCGGCCGGCAUCUGGUAGUCUUGGCGCCUGCAUUUUUGGUAAGCCUAGCUGUUUCUGCCCAUGUUCUGCCACAACAGUAUGUUUGAGGUUUUCCUGUCAUGUUUCAUCAAAGCUUCGAGUAAAUAAUCGGCAUUUGGUCAGCUUUAUGUUUCACAGUGCCGUUAUUAAAUCGACAACUUCAUUAGCUACAUAGCCUGCAUUGGCCAGAAAAACAUUUACCACAUCAAACCAUCAAAAGGAGCAUGACGCUACUCUUGACCUGACAACAAGCCAAGUUAUUUCUGGAAUUACCCAUUUGCUAACAUUACUAAAACCUAACGAGCAUGUACAGGUUAGUCAAAGAAAACGACAACUAGCAAGUUGUGGACCAGAUUAUAUCCGGAAAACUGCAGCUGUGUACACGUAGGAAUGUUAAUUUGACUUCAUUCUGAAGAGUAGAUGCCCAGUUGUUUUUAGAAAUUUUGAUC